AUGAGUCUCACUCUCACCAGCACUCACCUCUCCUAUGUCGCCCGCUCCACACACCUGCUCAACAUCUCCAGCUACUACAUCGUCCCCGGCACCGACGGCAAGGACGAAGACCAAAGCAACAUUUACUACAAAUCCAUCUGGGAAGUCGACGGCUACGAGUGGGAAAUCCGUUUAUACCCUGUCUAUGGUUCGCGCUACCAGGUUGAACUCCAGCUCGUCUCCCUCGGCGAGGCUGGCGCAAACAGAGUGACAGCGGCUCUAAGCUGCCGGAUGGUAGAUCCAAGCGGGAGAUUUGAGCCAUCAGAAGAGAAGACUAGUGAGACCACGUCAUUUCAGCAUCGCUCGGAUUCAUCUCAGCCCCUUGUGGUCCCUGCACCAACACCUCGGCGAACUCCUAGCGAGCCAGGCCGGGUCGGACGUCACGUUCACCGUCUCCGGCGAGUCGUUUCCCGCGCACAAGACCGUGCUAGCCGCGAGGUCCCCGGUCUUCAUGGCCGAGUUCUUCGGGGAAAUGCAGGAGAAGAGCUCGGCCAGGAAAUGGAGGCCCCGGUGUUCGGUGCCAUGCUUCGCUUCAUCUACACCGACGCGGUGGCGGAGCUUGACGGGAAGCCGCCGGAGGCAGCGACCGCGACAGCGACGACGACCUUGCUGGCGCAGCAUCUGCUUGUUGCCGCUGACAGGUACGGGCUCGACAGGCUCAGGGUGAUGUGUGAGCGCAGGCUCGCGUUUGCUGUGGAUGUCGGCAGCGUCGCGGCAACGCUGGUGAUAGCGGAGCGGCACGGCUGCUCGUGGCUCAAGGCCAAGUGCAUCGAGUUCAUCGCGGGAGGCUCGCGUGAAAACCUUCACGCCGUCUUGUAG